AGUUUGGCUAGUGAUAUGGAUACGUCUGAUUGGUUCGCGUAUGUAAAAUAUAAAGACAACGUAAAAGAAAAAGUGGCAAUAACCAAAAUAAGUGAUGUGGAUAGCAAAGGACAAAAGAUUCUAUUUCAACCUAAAAAUGUGAACGAUUAUGUGUAUGGUAAAUUAUAUUCUGUUCGAACAAGUCUAAAUAGCAAGAAUGGGAAAGAAUCAAAAUAUUAUGCUGUUAUUGGCACAAUGGCAGAAUCUUUAGAAGCUUUAAAUAAUGUGCGACCCAGGUGGCCAAAUAUAGAAAAUGAUCAUGAUGAACCUGAAUCCACAGAAAUAGAAGAUGAGAAAGAGAACGAACCAGUAAAUGAUUUUGUAAAAAAAAAUAAAGAUCAGAUGGUCUGUAAAAAUUAUUUUAUUUGUUAUUAGAAAAAUUGUUUACUAUAAUAUAGUUAUACGUAUUUCUAUUUUAUUUUACAGAAAAUUAAGAAAAAUAAAAAACAAUGUGCUUUCAAUAAAGAGUUCACACAAUUUAUUGAAAACAAUGUAUUAAAUGAAACAAUUGAGCCAGUGAAAGUAAGUCUUAAUGUAAUAUGAGUGAAAUAUUCAUUAUUAAUACUAAGUUACAUAGAUGAGAAUUUUGUUUAGAUCUCGGUAGCUUAAAUAAUAUUAUUUUCUACAUGAGAUAAUAAAUUUUUUACACAGAUUUAAAUUCUAAAAUAUAAAAUAUUAUAAAAAUGUAAUACUGAAUAGUAUUAAAUUGGGGCCA